CGGUUUUUUUCUCACAGCCCCGCGCCACCUCCGUCUUAGACCUUUGGUAGAUUUCAAUAGAAAGAUACGAGUUCAUCCCCAUGGACGCCAUUGCCCAUUCGCCGUGACCGCCGUAUCCUCUUCGCCAUGGCGCCCCAGAUCCUCAUCGGAGGCGAAUGCUUCACCGUCGCUGAGGCCCAGAAGCUUCUUGAUCGCUGCAAUAGUUUAACCAGCCGCAGUAUCAAGUCCAUCAGCGGCCAGCGCGUCUACUAUGUCGACCUCAAGUCGCCCCAGAGCGACAAGGACGUGAUUGCCAAGGUCGCUCAUCUCCUCGAGAUCAAUGACCCGAGCCUGCCGCCCUCGGCGGGCCAAGCCGGCACCAGCGUUCAGCUUUACGUUACCCCGCGCGGUAUCAGUCCGUGGUCGUCGCAGGCCACAAACAUCGCGCACGUCUGCAACCUCAAGGAGCAGGUCCGGCGCAUAGAGAGGGGCCGCAUAGUCGCCAUUGAGUUUGCCGAGCCCGUCGCCGAGGUGGCGGUGCAGGACCUCGAGUUCAGCCAUGUGCUCUACGACCGCAUGACCGAGACCCUUGCGCUGGAGCCGCCUUCUUUAGAGGAUAUGUUUGGUCUGGGCGAGCGAGGCGGUCUGAAGGUGGUCGACAUCUUCGCUCAGAAGGAUCAGGGCCGCUCCCCAGUCGAGGCGCUUGAGGAGUAUAACCGGUGCAUGGGCCUCGCCCUGGACCAGUCUGAGAUGGAGUAUUUGGUCGAGACUUAUACGGCGCUGGGCCGCCCGCCCCAUGACAUCGAGCUCUUCAUGUUUGCGCAGGUCAACUCGGAGCACUGUCGUCACAAGGUCUUCAAUGCCAGCUGGAAUAUUGAUGGCAAGGCCGAGGAUACGAGCUUGUUCCAGAUGAUCAAGAACACGCAUCAAAAGACGCCCGAAUUCACCGUCUCUGCCUACUCGGACAACGCCGCUGUUCUGAGCGGCAACACAGCCAACUACUGGGCUCCCGACUACCAUACCGGUAUCUGGAAGUUGACAAAGGAGGUUCAGCACACUGUCAUCAAGGCCGAGACCCACAACCACCCAACCGCCAUCUCGCCAUUCCCUGGCGCAGCGACGGGUGCCGGAGGCGAGAUAAGGGAUGAGGGCGCUGUCGGCCGGGGCUCGUCGCCCAAGGUCGGCCUCUGCGGCUUCUUUGUGUCGGACCUCAACAUCCCAGGAGCGGCGCGCCCGUGGGAGGUUGACAUCGGCAAACCGUUCCACUAUGCCAGCAGUUUGGACAUCAUGCUAGAGGCGCCAAUCGGUAGCGCGCGCUUCUCCAACGAGUAUGGCCGCGCCUCCCUCACGGGUUGCUUCCGAACGCUGCUCACCAACACCGGAGGCCAGGGCGGCGAAUCAAGUGAUUCGCCCGAGUGGAGGGGUUAUCACAAGCCAAUCAUGAUUGCUGGUGGACAGGGAACCUGCCGGCCGCAGCACGCCCUCAAAAACGGCGCCGACGUGCAGCCAUCGGCCUACGCCAUCGUCCUGGGUGGCCCGGCCAUGCUGAUCGGCCUUGGCGGUGGUGCGGCAUCCAGCAGUGCAUCGGGCGAGGCGAGCGCCGAGCUGGAUUUCAACAGCGUCCAGAGAGGCAACCCCGAGGUGGAGCGCCGGGCGCAGAUGGUCAUCAACGCGUGCGUGUCGCUGGGCCCGGAAAACCCUCUCGCAUUUAUCCACGACGUCGGCGCUGGCGGUCUGUCCAACGCGCUGCCCGAGCUCGUGCGAGAUGCCGGAUUUGGUGGCAAGUUCGAGCUCCGCCAGGUCGACUCGGUUGACAAUAAAAUGUCGCCCCUGGAAAUCUGGGCAAACGAGUCCCAGGAGCGCUAUGUAUUGCUUGUCAACAGCGAGAACCUCAACCGGUUCACCAGGAUCUGUCAGAGGGAGCGUUGCCCGUUCGCUACCGUCGGAACAGUGCUACCCCAGGGCAGCAAUGACGACUCGAGGCUUGUCCUGACCGACCGCGACUCCCCAGAACAUCCCCUCCCGAUCGACCUCCCUAUGAAUGCCCUCUUCCCCCCUGGUCGGAAGCAGGUUCGGACUGUUCAGACGGUUAAGCGGAACCUCAAGGCAUUUGAUUCAGGAGCCAGUCUCGAGGCGAAGUACGGAACUCUUACCAGGGGCGAGGCGGUUACAAAGGCGGCAGAGCUUGUCUUUACGCUCCCGUCCGUCGGGUCCAAGAUGUUCCUUAUCACCAUUGGCGACAGGACAGUGGGCGGCCUGACGGCGCGGGACCAGCUGGUUGGGCCCUGGCAAACGCCCGUGGCUGAUGUUGCCGUCACUCUGGGAUCCUUUAGCACCGACGAAAAGACAAGGAUGGGUGAUGCCAUGGCAGUCGGAGAGAAGCCAACACUGGCGCUGAUCUCGCCGUCCGCUUCAGCGCGUAUGGCUGUUCUGGAAAGCAUCAUGAACCUGAGCGCAGCGGACAUCCAGGCAGAGCCCAACACGAGAGGUGAUCUCAGGCGGGUAAAGCUGUCGGCCAACUGGAUGGCGGCGGUCAACCACCCUGGAGAGGGCGCGGCGUUGUACGAGGCAGUCAAGGCGAUCGGCCUUGACCUGUGCCCCAAGAUGCGCCUGGCGAUUCCCGUGGGCAAGGACUCGACCUCGAUGAAGGCUUCGUGGAAGGAUAAGGCCACUGGCGAGAGUAAGAGUGUGACAGCACCCGUAUCGGUUGUCAUCUCGGCAUUCGCGCCUGUGGAAGAUGUGCGCAGGACUUGGACUCCCCAGCUUCGUCGGGUCGAGGAGGUUGGCGAUUCGGUGCUGCUGUUCGUGGACCUCGCCGAGGGAAAGAAGGCCAUGGGAGGCUCAGCGCUGGCGCAGACGCUGGGCCAGCUGGGCAACGAGGCGCCAGACGUGCGGUCGACCAAGCUGCUUGUCGACUACUUCGACGCCGUCAACCAGCUGCACGAGGACGGCUGCGUCCUUGCGUACCACGAUCGGUCCGACGGCGGCCUCCUCACGACGGUGGCGGAAAUGAUGUUUGCUGGCAGGUGCGGCGCCGACAUCGAGAUCGAUGACCUGAUAAAGUCGGGCUCGGUCACGGACAUUCUUGACACGCUCUUCAACGAGGAGCUGGGCGCCGUUUUCCAGGUGCGCAAGGCUCAUGAGCAGCGGUUCAAGGAGUGCUUCGCUACUUGUGGUCCGCCUAAAGGCCUGAUCAGGAAAAUCGGGUACGCGCGCUCGGCGCCCAAUCAGUCGCUCACCAUCAAGUGUAGCGGAGCAGCGCUCGCGGUGCUGGACCGUGCCGAGUUCCAGCAGAUCUGGUCACGCACGUCGUUCGAGAUGCAGAAGCUGCGGGACAACCCGGCGUGCGCCAAGGCCGAGUUCGACGCGCUUGCCGACCUGAGUGACCCCGGCAUGUCGUACAAGCUCACGUUCGACCCGGCCGAAGUGACGUUGCCCGUCAUGACAAACCUGAGGGGCCUCGUCAGCGCACGGCCCAAGGUUGCCGUGCUGCGCGAGCAGGGUGUCAAUGGCCACGCCGAGAUGGCAUUUGCCUUCCGCGCGGCAGGCUUUGACGCCGUCGAUGUCCACAUGUCGGAUAUUCUCGGCGGCCACUCGCUUCAGGAAUACGCGGGCCUUGCGGCCUGUGGUGGAUUUAGCUACGGCGACGUCCUCGGCGCUGGUCAGGGAUGGGCUGCGUCGAUUCUCCUCCACGAUAAUGCUCGCAAGACGUUCCAGGACUUCUUCAAGCGACCCGACACAUUCGCUCUCGGCGUCUGCAACGGCUGCCAGCUGCUCACUAGGAUCAAAGAACUCAUUCCAGGGGUCCAGAAUAUCUGGCCCACCUUUGUCGAGAACGCGUCGCAGCAAUUCGAGGGGCGUGUCUCGAUGGUCAAGAUUGAGCUUCCCAAGACCUCCUCGUCGUCUGUGUUCUUUGACGGCAUGUCGGGCUCACAGCUCCCCGUGGUCGUGUCGCACGGCGAGGGCAGGGCGUCAUUCGAUUCGUCAUUGGCGAUUCGGGCCCUCAGCGAGCAGGGACUGAUCUCGAUGAAGUACACUGACAACUACGGCAAAGUCACCGAACAGUACCCCUUCUCGCCGAACGGCAGCCCGAUGGGUAUUGCUGGCGUCAGCAGCCCCGACGGGCGUGUGGUGGCCAUGAUGCCACACCCUGAGAGGACCGUCAUGGCGGACGUGUGUAGCUGGGCGCCCGAGGGCCAGCUCGAGAAGUGGGGCCAGUACGGGCCGUGGUUCAAGAUGUUCCUGAAUGCCCGCAGAUGGGUUGGCUAGGUGAGGGGCUAUGUGACGUUGGGAUGGAUUGCUGGCGUAGGGAAGGGGAAUCUUGGGCUGAGGUUUGUGGAUUUCGGGCAUAUCGCGAUGGCUUUCUCGGCAUGAGGCAAUGGUUCUUGCCUGCUUGCGCUGAUCUUAGGAUAGA